GUCUACGCGCCUGGGGGACCAAGGUCUGGACCCGCACGCGCGACGCGCGCAAACUCGACGCGCGCGGGAAGCUAGGGCACUUCGUCGGUUUCAGCGAACAGUACAAGGACGCCAUCCUCGUCUACUGGCCCGACAGACGCACUGUCACCGUUGAGCGGUCCUUCGUCUACGAGGAGCGCACCCCCGUUUUCGAAUUCUCGCUGGCUCCGCAUAAGGGGGCGUUGGGUCAUGGUCAUGCGCACCCAGCUCCUAACGGAACGACCCUCCCUCAGAAUCCCAUUGCGGAUGUGCCCGCGCCUAAAGAACCCCCUGCGACCACAGUUCCUCCCCUCGCUCUUCCCACUGCCUUCCCCACCACUGCUCCCACUCCCACUUCCCCCAGCAUUGAACCCCACGCGAUGGCCGAAGAAAUCGACGAGUUCCAUGACCUCCCGGACCUCUACCUCGACCCCGUGGAAGAACAGGAGAUGCGGGAGGAUGAAGAGCGGGAGAGACGGGAGGCGGAGAUAAGAGCAGACCUGGAUAAGGCGCAUGCAGAGAGGGUGCGGCAGGCGAAGGCGCAGGAGGAACGCGACACUGCCGAGUCAUCGUCGAGCAAGCACCCCCCGUCGAGCAACUUGGGCGUGGGCAUCGCGUACGCAAGCCAUCGUACUACCUCCGACGCGUCGCCGGUGGCGAAGGCACCGCCAAUGGCCGCAAUGCACGCCUUCCACGCGGCAUCGCCCCGGGCGACAUCCUGGGAGUGA